CUCCUCUUUUACCCCACAAUUCGGCUCACUUGCUCUUUGUUGACCUCGUGCACACCUCGUGCUUCUCUACACGCGAUUAUCAGGGCAGAUCUGAACUUGAUAAGACCGAUAAGGCUGCUACUCUGCCGAUCUUCACGGUCUGAAGCGUGCAUCUACCUGUCGAGUGAGUGAUUCUUCGAGUGUCUCUCGGCGCCCUCGAAAACCGCCCGAUCUCAACGCCAAGACCGGCCGCUCCAACGGCUCGUCAACAGAUCGGGUUUCCCGUGCUAGAUAGCGAUUAAGCUGCCUUUAGUCUCUGUUUCCUUCUCAACUCGAGUAAAUAUGUUUUCCUUUCUACCUCAGAUCAGCAGAAUAUUCGGGGAUCGCGUAUUAUUCGCGCUGCCUUCUGUGAAGAUUCAGGAAAUUGAUACAGCUCAUGAGAAGCCCGCGCGCGCGCUGAAACAUCUGCUGAAAUUGAAUCAUGCCAACCAUGCCAUAUUGUACAAUGAUCGAAAGUUUCAUAAUCAUGCCCCGCACAUUCUGAGCUCAUCGUUCAUGCAAGGUGCUGAUGCAGAUGACUUGCACCGUGUAUAUGAGGCAGAGUCCAAGCACCUGGAACCAUGGACUGAUGCUCCUGGGGAAAUCAGUGACUUUGACUGGAGAGAUUUUCUGGGUUGCAGAGAGUACCAACGUGCCUUUGUGGACUUCUUUGAAGAUGAGCUCGUCCGCCAGUCCUACGACUGGAAGCAAGUCGUCAACGAGUACCUUUUCUCCGGAAAAGAGCCCAUCUUCAACUCCAUCAUCUCCGAUCUCGGCCACCCCCUAAUCCACCUGGCAUACGCCUUCGAAUUCGCCAGCCGUGAAGUAGCCAUGGAAGCCCUAGCCCUGACCUCAACCUGCUACAGUGCGAUUCACAAAUACCUGGAUGAUCCAUCCUACGCCCAGGCCGAAUCAUCCUACCAGUCAACCUCCCUCUUCGACAUCCUCGACAAAGUCCGCCUCGACAAGCAAUUCAACGGCCUCUUCGGCACCCCCGGCGGCAACAACAUGGACAUCGUCUUCCGCGACCGCGAAGCCGCCCUGCUCAACCACUGGAACGCGUGGAAAAUCCAAGACCCUAUCGCCCAGUUCCGCGAGAGCCAGGAAGUCGCUGUCGCUAUCCUGACUGGCACGCACUCAGACCGCACCAGCGAACAAUACGACUUCUUCUUCGUCCACAUCCUCACUACCAGCCACGCUGUCCGCGUCUUACUCCCCCUCAUCCCUCCCCAGUUCCAGCUCUCCCUGGUCAGACAGUGGUGGCUCAUGACGCUGUGCGUUUACAUUGCUCAGCUGCGUCCGAAGAUCGACCUCGACCGGAUUCGCAAGUAUGACCUUGGUGGUCGUGAUUGGAACUGGACUGCUAAGAGGGCUGUGAAGAGUGAGCAUUCGACUGAUGCGCAUUAUGUGAAGGCCCUGCGCGCUUAUAAGGAGUGCGCGGCAACUUGGGGUGAUGCGGAUGAGUUCUAUCUCAAGGCCGCGGUGAGGUUCGGUGAGGAGUUUAAUGGUUGGGGUGGGUUUGUUUAGGAUUGGUUUCGUGGAUGUGGUUACAGAGAGUGGUUUGUUGGUGGUGUACUUGAUAUCUCUGCUCUUUCUAUGUACGUGAAAAGUGAUACUUGAUAGGUUUGUGCAGAGUAAUGAAAUUCCUUUUCUCUCUUCCUGUACGACUCAUUGGAUUCGACUUUUUCACGAACUGAC